AUGUCCUGGCGACAACCAGGAAUCGAUGACCGGCGUAUGAUGCAGGAGAUUCUGGAGCUUCUCGUGGCGGACGGUCCUAGCACUCACCAAGAUCGAACAGCUUCAACGACUGUACAUAGUGGCGUUGACGGUUAUAGCAAUGAGGACGGGGUUCGAAGAGAGUUCCAUCCCGAUUCGGAGUUCAGUCCCGAUUCGGUGCUGAACUCGAGCUACAGCGGUGCUUCUCUGAACGAAGAGAUGAAAGAGAUUGUAAACCUUCUCGGUACCGAUGGCGUGAGGAUCCCAGGAUUCCAAAGUCGGGUCAUUGACGAGUCGCCGUUCGUGAACAAUCGGUCGAGCACGCAGGAUGGACUGAAAGUACCGCAAAAGGAGCAGCAGCAGCAGCAGCAGUAG